CCGUCCGCCGUUGGAAUAUCGUGGAUUACAGUCGAUAAUUACUGCCACAUGCAUUACGACAUUACGUUGUCCGGCAUGGGGUUGACUGAUAAAAAAUAUCAACUGUCUCUUGAUUUACUUCCAAUGAUUGCGCCAGGUGCGCCUGUCAUCACCCACAUUUUGGACGAAUUUAAUGGAAAUCAAGUAGAAGGAAGCCCGACCGAAACCCUACCCAAAGAAGAAUUAGUGCGCCUAGAUGCUGGAGUUGUUUUCAUCAAUAUCAAAGAGAAAACCACCAAAACUACUUUGCUAUCGGCCACACUGCGAGAGCUGCAAGUACCCGCAACUUGCCUGUCGCAUAUUACCGAUAACAAUGUUCCAACUCUAUCUCUGGACUCGGACGUGGCGGAGAACGGCGCAUGUUUUCACGAAAGAAAAUUCUACCAAGAAGGGGAUCAGUGGACCACAAGCGACCCGUGCACCAUGUGUUACUGUCAAAAUGGCAACGCUAAAUGUGAUACCUCGGCCUGUCCAGAAAUAGUCUGCCCUACAAGCUUUAAAAUAAAAGUGCCCGGCGAGUGUUGUCCUAUUUGUUCUAAUUCCACUACGUCUCAAGAAAGUAACACCAGUGCUCCUCGUGGAUGUACGUUCGGUGGAAUGUUUUACACGGCGGGUAGCAGGUUUCAUCCGUUUUUAAUACCGAACGGUUUCGAUCUUUGCACCGAAUGCCACUGUGAUUCGACACUAUUGGAGGUGAAAUGCACGAGACAAAGUAACGAGAAGAAGUGCUGUAAGCAUUGUGUCGAUACAUCUAAGGCGAUGAUAGACUCCGAAAAUGGGACAUACGUCAGUGAUCUUAGUACUACACACGUGGUGGUCUCGAAGGAUGCGCAAAGUAUUGUGUCGUACAAGACGCCGCAACAGGUACUUUCGGAGGGCGGUUGCAAGAAUCCCAGUAAUCCGAAUAAACCGUACGAAAAUGGGCAAAAGUAUCACCCUUGGAUUGCGUCACUUGGCGAAUACAAAUGCGUUACCUGUAAAUGCAAGAAUGGUAGCCAAUCGUGUGAGCGCCAACGAUGCACGAGAGCAAUUUGUCAUAAAAUGUUCAAACCGAGGCAUAAUGGUAUGCAAAGUACGACAAACGAGUUCUGUUGUUCACAGCAGCAAUGCAAACACUUUCGACGGCAUCAUAGGGCGCGAAAUAGUUGAGUGACGUAUGUGUAAAUUAUUCGGGAAUACAUUGUAUAAACAAUAUGCACCAAGUGAUGAUACAAUGUUAUCGAGAGAUGCAACUUUGACGGACCGCAAGUCUGAGUUACCCUUGUACCAAAGAAGACUGAGGCAGUUGGAGAAGAAAGCUUGAGCUGUCAUAUUUAUUUCUAGUGUAAAUUAUUGUAAGAUACAGAUUUAAUGUACAUUUAAUUGAGAAAAAGAAUUUGGCAUACUAAUACCGAACCGAAAGAGACCUUAAUUUAAGUUAAUUUAUUUUUUCAUUAAGUUAUAAUUGUAGCGACGAUGACUGCGUAAGGUAGAGUUAGAAAUUGUCAAUUUUAUGAGUGUGUUAUUCCACGGAGCAGAGACAGAACACAAUACUCACCGGAGCGAAAGGCUGACCCGUAGCAAUACGAAAAAAGGGCAUAAAGUAUUGUAGCCAUUAUUGUUAACAUAUCAAAUGGUGCCAUCCACGAAAAAACGACGCUAGGUACUUAAAUUGUGAUGCCGAAAGAGCGUGGCAUUUCUUUUAAUACGUAAUUUGGAAUCUCUCCAUGCAAUUCUACAGUAUUUCCUUUAAUUAAGGUAGUUUUAGGAUGUGUGCGCAGCGUGAAUGUGAUUUUUACUUUAUAUAAGAACGUGUAAAUAAUAUGUUGUAAUUGCAUCUAUAAUACAUACUUUAUACACUGAAACUAAUUUUUGUGUAUAUAUAACUGAAAUCGUAAUGUUAAUUUAAAUUUAACAAACAUAAAUAUAGCACACUCACUGCUUGCAUUUUAAAAGUAGAGGUCAGUUUUGCACCCUACAAUAGUGAUAGCAAGUUUUCUAGAAUACAAAUUGUUAGGGUGUAAAAGAAGCGAAGAUUUGAAUGUUGGUGUCGAUGCAGAAAUAACUCAUAAGAUGAAUUAUAAGUGUACCUGCUAGCUAGAAAAAUAUAUGCUUCCAACACU